CUUGGACGCCGUACAAGCAAACGAUGCAUCUUCACAACCACAUCUCGAUACCGACGGCUCCACGUCGCCGCAGAAGUCCCCUCUGACUCCCAUCUUCCACGACAGUCUUUACCACCCGCACUCUUCGGCAGAGGACUUGUCGACCACGAGCGAUUCUGGAAAUGAACGCGACUAUCAAACCGACUUCACCACACCGGAAUCAUCCGAGUCGUGCGCCGACGACAUGCAGCCCGACGAUGUUGAGGACUUCAGAGAUCGCGAAUAUCCACAGCUGAAAGGCAAGACGUACUUGGAUCACGGAGGCACAACACUCUACGCAAAGUCCUUGGUCGAAGAAUUCUCCGCCGAUCUGAUAUCGAACCUCUAUGGCAAUCCUCAUUCGGCAUCUACACCUUCUGCCAUCGCUGGUCACCGCGUCGACACCGUUCGGGAACGUGCACUACGUUUCUUCAACGCCGAUCCCGAGGACUUCGAUCUUGUGUUCGUCGCCAAUGCUACGGCAGCGAUAAAGCUCGUGAUCGAUUGCUUCAAAGACCACGCUUCCGCGUCCAACACUCCAGUGUGGUACGGGUACCACCGCGAUGCACACACGUCGCUAGUGGGAGUACGAGAGUCGACCAAGAUGCAUCGCUGUUUCACCAGCGACGAGGAAGUGGACAUUUGGAUUAACAGUGGCGGCUUAGGAGGUCCUCGGGCGAGACAGCUGGGUUUGUUUGCAUACCCGGGACAGUCGAACAUGACUGGAAGGCGACUUCCUUUGAGCUGGCCCGGACGCAUCCGCAAAUCGUUCCACAAGGCCGCAACCUACACACUCCUGGACGCUGCGGCGCUCGCCAGUACUGCACCGCUCGACUUGACUGACCCUGCGACAGCACCUGACUUCGUCGCCCUCUCCUUCUACAAGAUUUUUGGAUUUCCCAAUAUUGGCGCCCUCAUCGUGCGCAAGGAUUCCGCUCAUGUGCUCGAAAGCCGAAGAUACUUCGGCGGUGGCACAGUCGAGAUGGUGGUGUCCAUUAACGACACAUGGCACGCUAAGAAGGACACAUCGAUACACGACAGAUUAGAGGAUGGAACCCUGCCAUUUCAUUCGAUUUUUGCUCUCGACCACGCCAUGAACGUUCACGAACGACUAUACGGACCCAACCCGAUGAAAUUCAUUUCUCAUCAUACCGCUCAACUCGGACGACGAUUAUUCGAAGGCCUUUCCGCGCUCAAGCACGCAAACGGAUUACCUCUCGCUCGCAUCUACAAGGACGACAACGCCAUAUAUGGCGAUCCUUCCGUGCAAGGUGCCACCAUUGCGUUCAACGUGCAAAGGGCCGAUGGUAACCUGGUCGGCUUUGAAGAUGUCGAGGAAGCCGCCGAUGAGAGGAACAUAUUCGUGCGGAGCGGCUCCUUGUGCAAUCCUGGUGGCGUUGCAACGUACCUCCACUGGUCAUCGACAGAGAUGAAGGCGGCAUUCGCUGCAGGCCAUAGGUGUACCAACCCAACACAGAUUAUGCUGGGCAAGCCUACUGGUGUGGUGCGAGUCAGCCUGGGUGCCAUGAGCACUGCCUCUGAUGUCAAUAUUCUUCUGAGAUUCCUGGAGGAAGUCUACGUG